GUUCCGCAUGUCGUGCCCCGGAAAAAAUUCAAACCCUUUCUGCACCAACCUCCAAAACGAGAAUUUUCCGUCGCCCGGCGGGGACGGUUUGACGUUCACUAUCGGCACAAUUGCCGGCACGGACACCGUGUUUGGAAGCGCGUUAGGGUUUAGGGGGGGGGACGCUUUUGCGGUGGAGUUUGACACUUCCCGGGAGCAGGGCUUCCGGUGCAACAAUGACCCGGACGAUAACCACGUUGGGUUAGACGUGCGAGGCGUGUACAACUGCAACAUACCCACGUACAGACCCGACCGAGGCCCGGAUGAUCCCUACAUAGCGGUAAUCGCGACCCCUCCCUUCGACCUGAACAGCGGGUACGUCAUCACAGCGUGGAUCGACUAUGACGCCCCAGCAACGACCAUUCGUGUCUACGUGGCGGACGGAGACACGUCCACGAAGCCCGGUGCACCGUUGCUGGAGACGACGUUCAAUCUUAAACAGACGAUUGGUGACGACAACGCCUACGUCGGAUUCACCGCUGCUACAACCGUCUGUCGCUGGCAGAACCACGACAUCCUAAACUGUCAAAAGCAGCAGCUGGUUCAGCACCUUCCGUCUUCCUCAGUUUCUGUGCACGUCGUUGGGAAAGAGCUUAUGAUUCUAGAUAGCCGAUGA